AUGGAAAUAGCCAGGGGCCGCAAACUUCACCUUCUUGAGAAAAGCAUCCUACCAACAGGCACAUGCUACGCUCAGCUCAGUGCACAUGAGCCGCACGUCCCGCAAACAUCACCGCCGUGUGUGGCCCAGAAACCCGGUCAGGCAUUGAUGAAAGGGGCUCAGCAAAUGAGAAAGGGCCAGUCAGCCUCGUUGAAACGCGAUGCGAGCCGGGACCGGGACCGUUGGGCGGCAAACACUCCAGGGGUCCUUCUCGCCAGGUUCUUGGGCACUGAGACGCCUGGUUGGUCCCACGAGGACUUCACACUUGCUGAAUGA